GAAGCCGGCCAAUUCACCGCAGGAGAUGGUCCAGGUCGACCGGUCCGAAUCAGCCUCGCCGUUCUGGAGGCCGCCGCCACGAGACGGCAACCCUAGAAGAAGCGUUACGAACCCGGCAGGUCGAGAUGGCUCGAACCUCGUCGUUGGCGCGGCGUAUUCUCAUGCGGACAUGCUCAAGUUCGAUUCCUUGAACCUCUCCAGCUCUUCUUCGCCUCGUCCCCGGACCCCCCCUUCGACAUCGUCCUCGAGACAUCGCAUGCCCGAAACCACGCCGCCACCUCAACGAGGCGCAUUGGCUUCCUCCUCCCCCCCGUUCAAGAGCUACAUCAACUUCCUGUCGAAUACCAAUGAUGAUUGGAAGGCCGAUGAAGAUGAGAUGCUGGGAUACGAAGAUGACGACGGUGAUGAUUUUGGGCUCCCCAGUCUCUCAAACAUGAAGCGAAGAUCGAAGCGAAUAGCUACCCAAAACAACAGGUCGGAGCCAUGGCAGGAAGCGUUGUCCCCCGUGGGCGACGGUUCUUUUGGCCGAGUCCAAGCACGGCGUUAUUCCAACAGCGCCGAUAUUGCAGCUGAGCGUCCGGCAUCAACAUAUCCAAUGCCCAAGAAAAGCGAGGGCAAGAUUCUCCGACCACAGUAUAAAGAUAUCCUGAAGGAUCCCGCAAAUGCGCUCCAUCUGAUCAGCUAUCCCUCUAUACCCAGCAGUGCGCCGCAGAAAGAAGCCGACGCGAUCAACUCGCGAAUAACGCGCAUAAACAAGUUCAAACGGCUGCUACAGGCGUCUUCAAUAUCGCUUCCUGACCUUCGCUCGCUAGCAUGGUCGGGUGUACCGCACGAAGUCCGCGCAAUGACCUGGCAACUCCUCCUUAGCUAUCUCCCUACGAAUAGUGAGAGGCGCGUUGCCACUCUGGAGAGGAAGCGGAAGGAGUAUCUGGACGGCGUUAAGCAAGCGUUCGAAAGAGGGGGGACAGCAGCCAGCAGCUCUUCCGCCGGAAAAGCCAGGGGCUUGGAUGAAGCUGUCUGGCAUCAGAUCAGCAUUGACAUACCCAGGACGAAUCCCCACAUUGAGCUGUAUAGCUAUGAGGCGACACAGAGGUCGCUGGAACGCAUCCUCUAUGUUUGGGCCGUCAGGCAUCCCGCCAGCGGAUACGUGCAGGGCAUCAACGAUCUGGUCACGCCAUUCUGGGAAGUGUUCUUGGGGCUCUACAUUACCGAUCCAGAUAUCGAGACGGGCAUGGAUCCUGGGCAAUUGCCCAAGUCCGUCCUGGAUGCUGUGGAAGCAGACUCGUUCUGGUGCCUCAGCAAGCUUCUCGAUGGCAUUCAAGAUCACUAUAUUGUUGCUCAACCGGGUAUUCAAAGGCAGGUGGCAGCCCUGCGGGAUCUCACUGCCAGGAUUGACUCCAACUUGUCAAAGCAUCUUGAGCAAGAAGGCGUCGAGUUCAUACAGUUUAGUUUCCGAUGGAUGAACUGUCUUCUUAUGCGCGAAAUCAGCGUCAAGAACACAAUCCGUAUGUGGGAUACAUACCUUGCCGAAGAACAGGGCUUUUCAGAAUUCCAUUUAUAUGUUUGCGCUGCGCUCCUCGUAAAGUGGUCUGAUAAACUAGUCAAGAUGGACUUUCAGGAGGUCAUGAUGUUCCUACAGAGCCUCCCGACGAAGACAUGGACGGAGAAGGACAUUGAGCUUCUCCUCAGCGAGGCUUUCAUCUGGCAGAGCCUCUACAAAGGCUCAGCUGCUCACUUGAAGGGCCAGCCGCAGCGUCCCUUGCUUGGGAACCUCCAGUUAUAG